AUGGCGAAAUUGGACCCCGACCGCCUUCUGAUACCGCUGUACAGCGUCACGCUCAGCGGGACGGUGGAAGCGGCAAGUGCUAUCAAGUGCGGCGACGAACAAAGCCUGUGGGCCUUUGACAGAGACGUGAUCGCAAUGGCGCUGCCAGACUCUCGAGCCUGCUGGCCCGUGGCAGCCUGCGCGGCCGUGUUCGUCUUCUUCGGCAUGAUGUUGGCCAAGUCGGAGUCUGUUAUGUACAUAGGAUUUAUGGACAUGCUGCACAUCAACCGCGAGGAAGCGUCGUGGCCACUCACAAUCGCCAUCAUCAUGUCGCAGCUCUCAGGGCCCCUGUACGGACUGCUUGGCCUAUGGCUGUCGGACCGGAUCCUGCUUGUGGCCGGUGCCCUUCUCUGUGCACUGCCUGUGAUGGCCUGCGCCCUGGCACAGAGCCUGGGACUCGUCGUUUUUCUGUAUGGCGUCCUCUAUGGACCGCUGUACGGACUGCUUGGCCUAUGGCUGUCGGACCGGAUCCUGCUUGUGGCCGGUGCCCUUCUCUGCGCACUGCCUGUGAUGGCCUGCGCCCUGGCACAGAGCCUGGGACUCGUCGUUUUUCUGUAUGGCGUCCUCUAUGGACUUGGCGUGGCUUGUGAAGAGCUGUUGCCGUUCACCGUGGUGGCUCGGCAUUUCGUUCGUUACCGAGGCACGGCCAUGGGCCUGCUGUUCGUGGUGACUGCCAUGUCCGGCUUCGUAUCCCCGCUGAUCGUCGAGGCACUGCGGCAGGCCUUCGACUUCCGCGUGGCUUUGCUCAUACUGGGCGCCUUGCAGCUGAACAUGCUGUUCGGCUGCAUCUUCGUCGACCGCGUCCCUCGUAGCGAUGACAACUGCUCCCGAGGUCGUAGCAGCUCCGAGCUGCCCAAGUCGCAGCUUCUUGUCAGGCGACCGAGAGGGAGCAGUUUCCAAGCGGCGUCGUUCGCGCAUUCUUGUUCUAAGAGCCUCGUCGAAUCUUUUACAACUACCAGGUCCAUUCCGCCCAACCUGCGACCACACGAGGCGGACUCGCUGCUCGAGAAGUGCGAGUCACCUUCGAGAAGGCUGGCGCGCAACAUGCGCUCGCUGGUGUCCGCGCAGUUCCUUCACGUGGCGGCAUCUCGGGCGGUGUCGCUCUUUGUGCUCUCGUCGUUCCUGCUGACCGCCGUUGACUUCGGCUCGGACAACGGUCUCAGCGGAUACGAGGCUGUCGCCAUGGUCACCGUCAGUGCCGUCGGGGACCUGGUGUCGAGGAUAGGCACCGGCUUGAUUCUGGACUCGAAGGUGAUAAGCGGUGACGCCUUGAUGCUCUGGAGCUUCGCCAUCCAGGCAGCGUCCUUGGCUGUCAUGGCGCUGAGCAAGCACUACUGGAUUCUCCUGGCCAGCUGCUUCUUCACCGGCUUAACGGGCGGUGGACGAAUAUUCGCCUGCACCGUCAUGGUUGCCGAGCUGUUUGACGAGCGAUCGCUACCGCUCAGCCUGGGCGUCACAAACUUCAUCGCCGGCAUAAUCUGCCUCGCACGGCCACCGCUCAUUGGUUACAUUCGAGACGUCAUGGGCUCGUACGACCCGCUGUACCUAUCAUUUGCCGUCACCAACGCCGUUUUCACGAUAACGUGGACGAUCAGUCUGUGCUGGCAAAAAUGUCAUAGGAGACGGGAGUGGCAUUUCAUCGGCGGUUUUGAAGGUGAGGAGCAGGAGACACGAAACUGA